CGCGGGCCUCUCACCGUUGUGGCCUCUCCCACCGCAGAGCACAGGCUCCGGACGCGCAGGCUCAGCGGCCAUGGCUCACGCGCCCAGCCGCUUCGCGGCACGUGGGAUCUUCCCGGACCAGGGCACGAACCCGAGUCCCCUGCAUCGGCAGGUGGACUCUCAACCACUGCGCCACCAGGGAAGCCCUACACAGAUAUUUUAAAUCAUUUGCCUGGUUUUCUGUGCUCUAGAGCCUGUGAGCCACAACUUCUGAGCCCGUGUGCCACAACUACUGAAGCCCACGCACCUAAAGCCCAUGCUUCGCAAAAAGAGAAGCCACUGCAAUGAGAAGCCCGUGCACCACAACAAAGAGUAACCCCCACUCGCUGCAACCAGAGGAAGCCUGCGUGCAGCAACGAAGACCCAAGGCAGCCAAAAAAAAUUAAAAUAAAUAAAUAAAUAAAUUUAUUUUAAAAAAAUCAUUUGCCCAGUUUUAAAAAUUGUCACCUGCAGAUGAGUUAAUCCACAUUAACUCUUCAUUCUUACUGAAAACAAGUUAAAUACUGAUCUCUACUAUAUUUUUUCUAGAACCCCUUAGACAUGACAGAAUUGUCAGAGCUCUUCUCCAGUUGCUCAGCAGGGUGAAGAUUUUUGCCCUGCUGCCCAGGCACUUUGGGAGUCAGAGAGUGCUGAGAUUGACCUCAGAGACUUCCUUCAGGUGAUAGAUUGGAGGCACCAUGGAGAGGUCCAGUCAGACCUCCCCCCUGGUGGGGUUCAUUCUCCUGGGCCUCUCAGCCCACCCAAGGCUGGAGAAAACGUUCUUUGUGCUCAUCCUGCUCAUGUACCUGGUGACCCUGCUGGGCAACGGGGUCCUCAUCCUGGUGACCAUCCUGGACUCCCGCCUACACAAGCCCAUGUACUUCUUCGUGAGGAACCUCUCCUUCCUGGACAUCUGCUACACAACCUCCUCAGUCCCCCUCAUCCUUGACAGCUUCCUGACCCCCAGGAAAACCAUCUCCUUCUCAGCUUGUUUUGGGCAAAUGUUUCUCUCCUUUGCCAUUGGGGCCACAGAGUGUGUGCUUCUGGGCAUGACGGCGUUUGAUCGCUCCGUGGCCAUCUGCAACCCCCUGAGGUACUCUGUGGUCAUGAGCAAGGCUGCCUACGUGCCCAUGGCUGCUGGCUCCUGGGCAGCUGGUAUCACCAACUCUGUAGUUCAGACAUCCCAGGCUGUGAAGCUGCCCUUCUGUGGGGACAAUGUCAUCAACCACUUCACCUGUGAGAUCCUGGCUGUCCUGAAGUUGGCCUGUGCUGACAUCUCCAUCAAUGUGACCAGUCUGAGGAUAACAGUUAUUAUCUUCCUGGGCAUCCCAGUUCUGUUCAUCUUUUUCUCCUAUGUCUUCAUCAUUGCUACCAUCCUAAGGAUCCCCUCAGCAGAGGGGAGGAAAAAGACCUUCUCCACCUGCUCUGCCCACCUCACAGUUGUGAUCAUAUUCUAUGGGACCAUUGUCUUUAUGUAUGCCAAGCCCAAGUCUAAGGACCCACUGGGGACAGAUAAACAGGACCUUUCAGGCAAGCUCAUCUGCCUCUUCUAUGGGGUGGUGACUGCCAUGCUCAACCCCAUCAUCUACAGCCUAAGGAACAAAGAUGUAAAGGCUUCUGUGAAGACCUUUGUAUGUCAGAAACACCUGAGUAAUGUUGCCUUGUAUAUCUAGAAAAAUAGUAUAGAUGAUCUUAUUUGCAAAGCAGAAAUAGAGACACAGAUGUAGAGAACAAACGUAUGGAUACCAAGGGGGAAAGGGGGGAAGGUGGGCUGAAUUGGGCGAUUGGGAUUGACAUAUAUACACUAUUGAUACCAUGUAUAAAAUAGAUAACUAAUGAGAACCUACUGUAUAGCACAGGGAACUCUAUUCAGUGUUCUGCGGUGACCUAAAUGGGAAAGAAACCCAAAAAAGAGUGGAUAUAUGUAUAUGUAUAGCUGAUUCACUUUGCUGUACAGAAGAAACUAACACAACAUUGUAAA